CUCAGGGGGCCCUAUCGAGUGUUUUUUCCACUACUGCUCCAGGACCUGACAUCUUCUUCCCCGAGUUUUCAAUUCAGGUUUGGCACUACAAACAGGAUUUUAUUAUAGUUUUCGGGCUAAAUCCGCCUUAUAGCUUCAAACAAGAUUGCCUUUUGAUGGAGGCAUGAUGAGUACUUUACAUAUUGAUGGAACAGAUGAAAAAUUGGCCAUUUUUGGUGAUUGGGAAGCUUUCAAUCCCAGCCCAAAAACCUUCAAAUCAGAACAUUUCAGCAAGGAUUUUGUUCUCAGUCCAGUUCCUGAUGUCGGAGAAAAUGACAGUCAGACUUCCUCUAUCACAAUGGAGUUUGAGAAGAAGAUACAGCCAAUGGGUUUAGACUGGACGAGUGACAUUUCGUCAGAAAUAUUUGGGUUUAAUGUUCAGAAUUCAUGCUGGAGUGGGACUGAAGAUGAGAAAAUGGCUACAAUGGAUCCUUUCAACAUGUUCGAAGUUAAUAUGAGUCCAAGUGAGAAAGAGAAGAUACCAUUUGAAGUUAAUUCUUCGUUGCCAGGGGAGUGUUCUUCAUGGAUGUUGUUUUCUACAACUGUUGAUCCUACUUCAGUGGAGGAGUCCCUAAACUUUUUUCCGAAUAAUUCUAUGGUUGUUUCAACCAUCGAUGAAGAGCAGACCUCACCACAAAGGAACUUAUCCCUACAAGGAAAUCUCAAGCUUUUGGAGUCAACUGAAAAACAGGAGAGCACUCAGGACACCGUUGCUGAUAAAAAAGCUUCUCUUUUCUUGGCUGUGAACGAAAUCCCACCACCACCACCACCUCCACCUCCUCCUGAUUACCUUCAAAAUGAAGAAACAGGCCACGAAGCAGAGUUCUCAUUUCCAGAACGUGACCCAACAAAGGAUGGUUAUAAAUGGAGAAAGUAUGGCCAGAAACAGCUGAAGGGCUGUGAGUUUCCUUGUAGCUAUCAUAAGUGCUGCUACCCAAAUUGUCCCGCGAAAAAGAAGGUAGAGCGAUCUUAUCAGGGCAAUAUUACUGAAAUAAUCUAUAAGGGCUCUCACAACCACCCUAAGCCUCCUCCUAAUAAUCGGUCCGUUAUUCUAUCUUCAAAAAAAUCUCAUGGUCCACGAAGUGGCAGUUCAAAUCGCCGGGAUCUUGCGGCCAAUUUAAAGGGAAAUCUCUCAACAGGAUCAGAACAGAGUGAUGGCUUGGGAGGCAACUCUUCAGCUUCUGUUGCUGCGUUAGAAGUGUUGAAGGCAGUAGAUACCUCAUGCCCAUUAUCUGAUGACAAGGAAGAGAAUGGGGCAAUUCAUGGCAGCUGCUCUGAUGAUCGUGAUAUUGAGCAAGACGAGAUGGAAUCUAAAAAAAGGAAGCAGGAACUCUGCUCUAAUGGCAAGAGGGCUACAACUUCAAGGGCCUUGCGGGAUUCUCGGAUUUCGGUGCAGAUACUCAGUGAGCUCAAUAUCCCUGAUGAUGGAUAUCGAUGGCGGAAGUAUGGGCAGAAGGUUGUUAAAGGAAACUCAAAUCCCAGAUGCUACUACAAAUGCGCGCACAGCGGAUGCUCUGUCCGCAAACAAGUCGAGAGAGCUUCGGAAGAUCUGAAAUCAGUUAUCUCUACAUAUGAAGGCAGGCAUAACCACGGCGUCCCAUCUGCAAGAUAUAUCCACCGUGCCAGAUAUUGUCUACCCAGCCCUACACCAACCGCACAAUUUCAGCUUACAAGCCCUUAUCCACAGCCAGAGUUGGCUCAAUUCAGCCCCAACUCGCUUGAAAGUCUCUCUCCGAUAAGUACAUUUGGCUUACUUGGCUGUGGACAAACAAGCAGCUUUCCCUUCUGCUACGAUCCUUCGAAUUUGGUUGGCCUUCGCUCAUUGGGUUGGGGUUCAAUGAAGCCAUUCUUUUCUCCGUUGCAGCAAAUUAGUUGUGGAAUGAUUACACCGAAGAGAGAACCAAAGGAAGAACCGAUGUGAGGAUGUCAUGUCACCAAGUGCUAAUAAAGGUGCGGACAGUGCGU